GCGGCUGCCGCCUGAGGCAGAUUUGGUGGGAGAAGUAGAGGGGAGGAAACGGGUGGAGGGGUGAGGUGAGGAGGGCAUCUGGAUCGCUGCUCCCGGGCGGCAUAAAGUUCUUCGCGAUGUGGCUGAAGCCCGAGGAAGUGCUCCUGAAAAAUGCGCUGAAGCUGUGGCUGAUGGAAAGGUCCAACGACUACUUCGUGCUGCAGCGGCGUCGGGGCUACCGGGAGGAAGGCGGCGGGGGGCUCACAGGGCUUCUGGUUGGGACUCUUGAUUCAGUCUUAGACUCCACUGCUAAAGUAGCUCCAUUUCGCAUCCUACACCAGACACCAGAUUCUCAAGUUUACCUGUCAAUUGCUUGUGGAGCCAACAGAGAAGAAAUAACCAAACAUUGGGAAUGGUUAGAACAAAAUAUCAUGAAGACCUUGUCUGUGUUUGAUUCUAAUGAAGAUAUUACUAAUUUUGUACAAGGAAAGAUAAGAGGAUUAAUUGCUGAAGAGGGAAAACAUUCUUUUGCAAAAGAAGAUGACCCUGAGAAAUUUCGAGAAGCCCUUUUGAAAUUUGAAAAAUGUUUUGGUUUACCAGAGCAGGAAAAGUUAGUGACCUAUUACUCGUGCAGUUAUUGGAAAGGACGGGUUCCUUGUCAGGGCUGGCUAUAUCUUAGCACCAACUUUCUGAGCUUCUAUUCUUUUUUGUUGGGAUCAGAAAUAAAACUCAUUAUCUCCUGGGAUGCGGUCUCAAAACUUGAAAAGACUUCAAAUGUCAUACUGACAGAGAGUAUUCAUGUGUGUUCCCAAGGAGAGAAUCACUACUUUUCAAUGUUUUUGCAUAUUAACCAAACAUACCUUCUUAUGGAACAGCUGGCAAACUAUGCUAUAAAAAGAAUUUUUGAUAAGGAAACAUUUGAUAAUGACCCAAUCCUUGAUGAUCCUCUACAAAUUACUAAAAGAGGUCUGGAAAAUCGAGCCCACAGUGAGCAGUUUAAUGCUUUUUUUAGGCUGCCCAAAGAAGAGACUUUGAAAGAAGUACAUGAAUGUUUCUUAUGGGUACCAUUCAGCCACUUCAACACUCAUGGAAAAAUGUGCAUCUCAGAAAACUAUAUCUGCUUUGCUAGCCAGGAUGGCAAUCUAUGUAGUGUAAUCAUUCCAUUACGAGAGGUCUUAGCUAUAGAUAAGACAAAUGAUUCCAGCAAAUCUGUCAUCAUUAGCAUCAAAGGAAAAACAGCUUUUCGCUUCAGUGAAGUUAAAGAAUUUGAGCAAUUGGUGGCAAAACUCAGGCUCAAGUGCGGGGCAGCUUCAACUCAGUAUCACGAUACUAGCACAGAGGUUCCUAUUAGUUCUGAGUCUGUAGACCCCUCUGAUGAUAUUGAGGUACAAUCUUUGAUAUGUCAGAAAGAAUGCAGCAAAACUGUGAACACUGAAGCCUUAAUGACAGUAUUUCACCCUCAGGAUUUGGAGACUCUUAAUUCCAAAACGUUGAAAGAAAAGAUGAAGGAACAGUCCUGGAACAUCCUGUUUACAGAAUGUGGGCGUGGUGUUAGCAUGUUUCGGACCAAAAAGACUCAAGAUCUGGUUGUAAGAGGGAUUCCAGAGACCUUAAGAGGAGAGCUCUGGAUGCUUUUUUCAGGUGCUGUUAACGACAUGGCUGCUAAUCCUGGCUAUUAUGCUGAAGUGGUUGAGCAGUCUUUAGGGACCUGCAACUUGGCUACUGAAGAAAUUGAACGUGAUUUGCGUCGCUCCCUGCCUGAGCAUCCAGCCUUUCAGAGUGACACUGGCAUAUCUGCUCUGAGGCGGGUACUCACUGCUUAUGCAUUCAGGAAUCCCAAAAUUGGAUACUGCCAGGCAAUGAACAUUUUGACUUCAGUGUUGCUUCUGUAUGCAAAAGAGGAAGAAGCUUUUUGGCUUCUGGUUGCUGUAUGUGAACGAAUGUUACCUGAUUAUUUUAAUCGUCGAAUCAUUGGUGCCUUGGUGGAUCAGGCAGUCUUUGAAGAACUUAUCAGAGAUCACCUUCCCCAGCUGACUGAACAUAUGACUGAUAUGACAUUCUUUUCCUCAGUUUCUCUCUCAUGGUUCCUCACACUUUUUAUUAGUGUGCUACCUAUUGAAAGUGCAGUGAAUGUGGUGGACUGUUUCUUCUAUGAUGGAAUAAAGGCCAUUUUACAACUGGGAUUGGCAAUACUUGACUAUAAUUUAGACAAACUUCUGGCAUGUAAAGAUGAUGCUGAAGCCGUGACAGCUUUAAACAGGUUCUUUGACAAUGUCACUAAUAAGGAUAGCCCGUUGCCUUCAAGUGUGCAGCAGGGUUCAAAUGUAAGUGAUGAAAAAAGCAGUCAUAUUAGAGUGGAUAUUACAGAUUUGAUUAGAGAGUCAAAUGAGAAAUAUGGGAAUAUUCGCUGUGAAGAUAUAUACAGCAUGCGCUGUCGAAAUAGGUUGUAUGUGAUACAGACCCUAGAGGAAACAACAAAGCAGAAUGUGUUGCGUGUUGUAUCACAAGAUGUGAAAUUGAGCCUUCAUGAAUUGGAUGAACUUUAUGUCAUCUUUAAGAGAGAGUUGUUUUUUUCUUACUAUUGGUGUUUGAGAGCUCCAGUAUUGAAGCACCAUGAUCCCAGUCUGCCAUAUUUGGAACAGUAUCAGAUUGACUGCCAGCAGUUCAGAGUGUUGUAUCACUUGCUGAGUCCCUGGGCUCAUUCUGCAAACAGAGACUCACUAGCUUUAUGGACAUUCAGAUUGUUGGAUGAAAACUCCGACUGCCUUAUAAACUUCAAAGAAUUCUCCUCUGCAAUUGACAUAAUGUACAAUGGAAGUUUUACUGAGAAGCUUAAGGUGCUUUUUAAGCUGCAUAUUCCUCCAGCUUAUACUGAAGUGAAGUAUAAGGACCCUUCAAAGGGAGAUGAACUUUCCAAGGAAGAAUUACUUUAUUUCAGUCAGCUCCAUGUUUCCAAGCCUGCAAAGGAGAAGGAAGCAGAGUCAGCAAAAAACAGCCCUGAAAAAGGAAAAGAAAAAGUUGAUAUUCAAGCAUAUCUAAGUCAAUGGCAAGAUGAGCUUUUGAAAAAAGAAGAAAACAUUAAGGAUUUACCAAGAAUGAAUCAGUCGCAAUUUAUUCAGUUUUCAAAGACACUAUAUAACUUAUUUCACGGGGACCCUGAAGAAGAGUUAUUAUAUCAAGCCAUUGCUGUUGUAACCAGCCUUUUGCUCAGGAUGGAAGAAGUUGGAAGGAAACUCCAUAACCCUGCGUCAUCAACCAAAGGAUUGUCUGGUGCAGUCUGUGCUUCUGGAGGACCCAGUGAGGGGCAAACAGAGAGCCACUUAGAGAAAGAUCCCUCCUCUCUCAGGGAAGAACCUCACUGGUCAUUUGCAUUUGAACAGAUUCUCGCCUCUUUGUUGAAUGAACCAGCAUUGGUGAAGUUUUUUGAGAAACCCAUAGAUCUAAAAGCCAAACUAGAAAAUGCAAAAACCUCUCAGCUAAGUUCUAGAACCAGGAAGUAAAUCUUUUAACAGGAAUUGCUUAUUAUAGGCAUUUACCAAGAUUCUCAUAGGCGUCAGCUUGAUUCCUAGGAGUAGGGAUCAGGGAUUUAUCUUGUUACCAAUGUAUUUGAAGGUUAAAAAGAAGAUAUUUGGAAGCACAAUGAUUCAUUCCUUUGUGGUGUUAUCUAAUUUUGAUAUUCUCUAAUACAAAUAUACUUUUUAUAUUUCACAAGGUAUGCAAUAUCAGGGGGAGUAUGCUAAAUGCUAAAUGUUACCACCAGAGGGCACCACCAUAUCACUUUUAGCAAGGAAAUUACUAGUUUGUGCUGCUAUUUACAUAUGAAUUACUGAUGAUUUUUGAAAAUGUGGUGUUACGUUUGAGUAUUAGUGAUGCUGACACGUCAUAUUGCUAAAUCCUACUUUCCAAAUUGCCUCAGUCCUAUUAGAAUGCUUUAGAAAACCAGGCUCUUAGAUCUGUAGCCUUAAUUAUCUAGAAGAUUACCAUAUGGGAACCUCAUUUUCACGUUAUCUAACUGAAAUAAUAUUAACUUUUUAAAGUUAGUCUCAUUCAGCCUUCUAAUAAUAAAUGGUUUUUUAAUGAAUUCUAUCUUCUCCCUACCUGAGCAGUUCAGAAGCUGCUGACACACUUGUAGCUCUGUUACUGAUAAAAAUAAAGAACUCAAAACUCUGGGCCGAUAUAAGGAAAAACGAUUUUGGAUUUGGAUUUGAGCUGGUUAAAGCCAGCCAAUUCAGAAGGGUUAAUAAACAGUACAAUUAACUGUGUACAGGUCUCUCAUUAGACUGAGAAAUUACUUGAAAUUCCGAGCACUGCUCUUUGUGGCUUUGUCUCAGAGUAGCUUGAGACUGCUUUGGUUCUAGUUUUAGAUUUUGGAUUUUCACCAGUCAUAUUUUAAGUUACAUUAGAUAGACUGAAUUAUUGUAUUAGUCUGGCAAGUUCAUAAAGUAUAUAGGCAUACCUCAUUUCAUUGUGCUUCACUUUAUUGUGCUUCAUAGAUACUACAUUUUUUUUUGUUUUUGGAUUUCUGGGUUUUUUUGGCUGCUGUAGCUUGCAAGAUUUUAGUUGCCUGCAGGGAUUGAACCCAGGCCCUCGGCAGUGAAAGCACGGAAUCCUAACCACUGGGCUGCCAGGGAAUUCCCACAGAUACUACAGUUUUAUUGAAAAUGAAGGCUUAUGGCAACCCUGCAUUGAGCAAGUCUAUCAGUGCCAUUUUUCCAACAACAUUUGCUCGCUUUGCGUCUCUGGGUCACAUUUUGGUAAUUCUCGCAAUAUUUGGAACUUUUUCAUUAUUAUUAUGUUGUCAUCGUGAUCUGGGAUCAGUGAUCUUUUUUUUUUUCUUGUGGGAUUUUUUUUUAUUCAAACAGAAAGUCACAAAAAUUAUAAUCAUCCUCAUCAGUUCACUCAGUCCCAUGUAAUUAAUUUUUUUCCAUCUUGAUCUUUUGUUAACACUUUUAUGAAUUCAACAGUUUUCCAUUAGAGUUCUGAAAAUGCUUAUUUAUUCAGUUCAGCAGUAUAGUCAGUUACCAGAAACCUGUACUUGUCAGAGUCUUUUCAAUGAAUUCCUUGAAGAUGAAGCCCUUUUAUAGGAACAUUUUUGCAAAAGCAUCUGAGUACACCCAGAACUGUCUGUAAAUGACAAAAGACUUAAAUGAUCAGUGAUCUUUGAUGUUACUAAUACGUCUCACCGAAGGCCUAGGUGAUGGUUAGCAUUUUUUAGCAAUAAUAUGUUUAAAGUAUGUACAUUGUUAUUUUAGACAUAAUGCUAUUGCACACUUAACAGACUACACUAUAGUGUAAACGUAACUUUUGUACACCCUGGGAAAACAAAGAAUUCAUGUGACUCGCUUUAUUGCAAUAUUUGCUUUUAUCGCAGUGAUCUGGAACCAAACCUGCAACAUCCAAGGUGUGCCUGUACUUGUGCGUAAUGAUUGUUAAGAUAAUGUAUAGAAUUUUGGCAUCUAUCUAAAAAGUUGUAAUCUAUUUGAUUUAGAUGUGUAAUUUCUAUAUACUUUAUGCUGCUUAUAUUUCAGUCAUUACAAUGAAAGUUCAUUUAGAGAUAAUGGGCUUUGUUAGCACUUUAAAGAGAAAAAAACACACCUAUCCAAUCUUCUGUGCUGUUUCUGAUAAGAACAAUUUAUUAAUCAGUUGAUUUAGGAAAUUGUGGGGAGAAGUCAUCCAUUGGCGCUUCUUUCUUCACAAAAGACUUUGGUUUUAAGCCUUUUGACUUUUCAAAUUUGAAACAAUGAAAGGGCAGAUAUCCUUUAGGACAACCCAAGAAGUCUCCCUUUCUGGAAAAGAAUUGGUAUAGUCAGCCUUUGGCAAGAAUCCACUGUGAACAAAGCCUAACACAGAGGGCUUCAUCACCACAGGAUAUGUUAUUUUCAGAGAUAUUCAAGAAUUUUCAAGUUGACCCUUUGAAAAUUUUGUAAAUUGGGCUUGGCCAAACACUUACUAGUAGUGUCUUUAAAAUGAUUUUGUCAACUUUGUCUUCUCAAGGAAAUUACCACUUAAAGAGAUAGUUGGUAAAUAAACAUCUGUGCCUUUUCUCAGAAAUUAUUUGCCUGAAACAUGUCCAAAUUUUAGAGUUUAAUUAAUAGUUUAUAUGUGAACUAUCACACAUCUGCUAUUAAGCAAUGAUUGUUAAAUUACAGUACAAUAGCUCUAUAAAGACACAAGGCUCUAUGCUUAUAUACAAAGGCACUAUUGCACAUACUUUGUUGAACAUUUUGUCAAUUGUAUUUACAAAAAAGAUACUUUCUUAAGAACAUAUGUCAUUAAUAUUUGAUGAUUUUUAAAUCAGAAUAUUGAAGAUUACUUAGUAUUGUAUUUUAGCCUAGAUUAAUUAAAAUUGAAUACCUAAAGAUUUCUGAAUUGCAGAAAGAUUAUAAAUGCAAGUUAAAAAGACGAACAUUUAUUUUCUGAAUCUGCAGGAGACAUAAGCUGAACACAUAGUUUUGUAGUUGCUACCUUGUUAAGCAAAUGGGUUGUUCUUAAUGUUUAAAAUCUUAUGUAGUUGUGUCACACUGAACCAGUGCAUUAUACCUUAUGCAUUAAAUUGUUAUAAAGUGGCUUUACUGGUCUUUAUAAAAAUAAAUGUUAUAAAUCUGUUAAAUAAAUAUGAAGAAUGGCUUACUUAAA